UUUGACAUAUCAACAUGUCAAAAAAUUCAUCGGCUAGAUUCAGCAGUGAUGGUGAUCCUGAUUCCAAUAUUGCAGAGGUCAAACCAAACGCGCGUUCCCGUUCUUCCUCAUAUAGAAAUAGAAAAGAUCUAGAGGGUGGGCCGUUUGGAGAUUCGCCAUCAGAUCGAACUGAACAGGUUUAUAAAAACUGUCUAUUCUAUAUGAUUCAAGAAAAUGAAGAUUCGACUAACACAUCCGAUCGCAGUGAACAGAACCAGGAUCUCUACAGCUUGAGAAACGACUACCUGGAAAAGCUGAAUAUAGUCAGGAGAAGAUUGAAUUUGAUUGAAAUAGAUGACGAACGCAGUACUGAUCGUCGUGAAAGUUGCACUAUAACAGAGAUACUCGAAGUAGAGCAACCAAAGCAAAAAACCGUUCGAAAUAUGACUAGGAAUUUGGAAAAACAACCUAGUGGAUCAAGUGGUGACUUAACUGAAAGUUUUGAAAUAAAAACAAUACAUCCGUUUUCGGUGUGUUACAAUAUGAACUCACAAUCCAUUAAUAAUCUAUUGGAACUGGAGUACAAUCCACCAAAAAAAAAAUCCUGCUUUCGGCUGAAAACUCCAAAAUUACCUUCAUCAUCCGAGAGUAACAUUCCAUACCACACCAAAGUGAGUAUACAUGAAGAUAUUUUCAAGAAAUCAAACAAUGUGGAGCCGAGAGAUACAACCGAUAAAAUUGUUUUCAAGAACUAUCACGAGAAAUUCACAGUAACUAAAUGGACACAGUGUUCUGAUCAAGAAAAUGAGAAGACUGUGGAGAAAAGUGAAUAUAGUGAAAACGUGAAUCUGUUCCCAACAGUGAUAGUUCGUACAAAUUCUCCGUCUGUUGCUUCUAUUAAAUCUUCUCCAAUUCCAGAUAGAAUGGAACAGAAUGAGACUGAAGUACCAUAUCCAUUGAAUUUCAUUGAGGAUGCUUCAGUAGAAAGCUAUAAUACAGUGACAACGAGCACAACUAUUCUGGAUAAUAGACGUGUUGGAAAAAAAAGAAAACGUUUCAGUAUCCGAAAUAAAAAUUCACAGGAGAAAAUGGAUAUUCAGAAAAAAUAUCGUUCUGGACAUAGUGAAGGAGAGAAUUUUGAAAAAUCAUCUAACUAUCAACGUCAGCAAAUCAAACACGAUAUCAUUCAGUUUCUCACUUAUCGGAAAGAAAAGCGCAGAGCUAAAUCUUCACCAAUAAGAAGAAAAAAUGCUGUACCUUUUGGUCCUAUUGUUAUCAAUGAUUAUGAAAAAAAACAGCAUAUGAACCAAAAAUUUUACUUGUUCAAUUCCAGCUCGUUUUCCGACGAGGAGAGAUAUGUGAGGGGCAUAUACGAGGGUACUUUUGACUCUGAUAGCAUUUCGCAAAGAAAAAAGACAUUCUGGUCGAGUUUGAUUUCUUGCUUCAGACCUAUUUUUGAUUUUAUCAAGCGGCGAUGAUAUUUUUAAGGUUAAAGUUGUACACGAAUAUGGUAUAAGUAUGGUAUAGGUCUAAUUUAAUAACCUGUGAUGUGAUUUAGUCAUUAUUUUUCAAUAUAUUGUUUUAUGUAACC